GCGUGGGUGGCCUACGCAGCGUUCACGGGGAUCCUCUUCAACCCUUUCAUCCUCCUUGGCGCCGGGGACACGUCGUCUUCGUCCUCGUCUUCGUCGUCGUCGUCGUCUUCAUCGUCAGGGUCGGGAUCGUCGUCCAUAAACCCGGUGCCGGCGAGUAUCUUGCUGGGCGACGACGAGCUGGGGAGUCCAGUCCAAUUGAGUUAUGUUGAUGCCAUUGAGGAAGCGGCUGGUCCAGAGAACUUUCUGGUGGAGAGCACAGGAGGGGGCCAUUGCGACGAGUCAUUGACCAUUGGGGGAGCACAUGGGGUGGCCAAUCAGAUUGCAGAGGGGGCAGGUACACCCCUGUGCCAACAUGGAAGCUCCACCUCUGCACUGAGGAGCUUCAAAAAGUAA